CAUAGCAACGAGUCAACCUGCAGGUCAGAGCGGUUUAGCAGAGGGGCUAGCUGCUUCAAAUGUUCGGUUUCAGGGGACAGGUGAGCAGUGAGGAGGAGGAGCUUCAUCAUCCCCUGCAAGCUGUGACUCUUCCUCCUUCAGGUCCAGCAUGGCGUGCCGUGCAGCCCCUUCAGGUAAAGAAGCUGUGAAGGUGAAGAGGAGGAGUGGGAGUGUGGGGCGGAAGCAGACAGCAGACAUUGAGGAAUUGACAUCUUCUGGGAACAAAGCGCUGCAGGAGGGACGCCCACAGGAGGCGCUGAGGUACUUCAGAGAUGCCCUGAAGGCUGCAGAGCAGCUCCAGGACUCGCGGGUCCUGCGGGCCUGUUCCUUUAACCUCGGGGCUGCCUAUGUGGAGGUAGGACGACCUCGGAAAGGUCUGGACUUCCUGCGGCAUGCUCAGCCUGGUCCCAAGGCCGACCGCCUCCCUGACCUCCAGUUCAACCUUGCCCUGGCCCAUGAUGCACUGGGGCAGAGCCGGGAGGCCGCCACCUACUUCCUGCAAGCUGCCCAGCUGUAUAGGUCACAAGGAGACGGCUGCAGCGAGGGGGAUGCCUGCGUGGAGAUGAGCCGCUGUUACAGCAGGACACGGGACUGGGCGCUGGCGGCUCAGGGUUACUUGCGAGCUGCAGAGAGUUACAGAGUGGCCAACAUGUUGGACUAUGCAGCCACCGCCCUGUCAGAAGCAGGAAGUCACAUGACCCAAUCAGAUCAGUGCAACCAGGAGGACAUCAUCGGUGUGCUGUCAGAGUGUCUGAGUUUGAUGGGGAGCAUUACGGACCCGAGGACUCUGGGUGAGCUGUACCUGUCGGUGGGCGUGUCUUACUGCCGGCUCAGGUCUUUCCAGGAGGCAGUGCAGUGUUUCCAGAAGGCUCUGAGCCCCGCGGCUAAGUGGCCCCCCCUGCUGCCCAAGGUCUUGCACAACCUGGGAGCGGCGCUGAACUCCAUGGGCCAGUUCAGGUCCGCCGUGGACUACCACAGGCUGGCCGCUGGACUGUACGGCUCUCAGGGUUGCCGUGGCGACCAGGCUCGCUGUUUCAGUAACCUUGCGUUUGCCUUCAGUCGGAUCGGUGAGGAAGAGGAAGCAGCAGAGAGCUUAAUCCUCGCCCUACAGGGAUUCAGAGACACAGGGGACUACCUGGCACAGGCUCAGGUGUGCGAGGUGCUGGCUGAGUGUUACCUGGUGCAGAGGAAGCAACACAAAGCGGUUCAGCUCUACAAACAGGCUCUGAGUGCGCUCUCUCACUGCCAGGACAGCGGCGGCAUCCAGGACCAACUGGUGGAGCGACUGACUGCCACGCUGCAGCAGAGUCUGACUGUCGGUCCUCAGAAGCCCCACCCACCGGCACCACACAGCCUCUGGCCACAUCGACACAGCCUACCUAUUGGACCUCAUGUCAGGAAGAGUGACAUCACAAAGAGCCCGGGCACAGCAGCAAAUCAGCAACCAGAUGCUCCAGAGACUGAUGCCCCAGGAUCUCAGCAGGAGGCCUCUGAAACACCUGAAUACAUGAGCAUAGCACCUGGACAGAGCUCAGACCAGUUAAACAAGCGGCAGCGCAGUGAGUUGUGGUUGGACAGAGGGAACCCUCGCACUGACAGCAAUGCUUCACUGGCUCAGGACAGUGAGGCCCCGCCCAGCAGCCCAGGUGACAUCAGAGAGCAGUCCUCCCUUGUGUCCAGUUGGAGGUCUCAGUUUUGUUUGCUGAUGUAAGCUCUCCUGAUUGGACAGUCGGUAAUCGGAGAGGACCUGUCAGCGUCACUGAAGUCCUUAGAGCUUCAGUCAGCUAAUGCUGCAGCGUUGCCGUGGCUCAGACCGAGAAUCAGAGCUGAGCCAUCACAUUGUGCUGCUCACUCUGACCCGAGACUCUGACAACAGAAAACCUAAAAAGAAAUAAAAACACACAACCAGCCGUCUGUCUCCAGACAGAAUUCUUUGGACUGUUUUUCUGUGUAAAACAUUUAUUAUUUAAUUGUAAUUAAAUUAUUAGUGAUGAAACUA